AUGGGUAUGUGCAUAAGAAAACCACAAGCAGUCUGUUUCUCAACUAGUGGUGAACAAGAAAAUAAAGUCCAGUCUAGAACUUUUGUCUUUUGGGCAAGAACAACAAAGGAAGGUAAAAUCGACCUUGCCCAGUUCAUAGCCAACCGGGCCUCCAAGGCAGUCAAUGAAGCAAUCCGAGUGGGAUGGGAGUUAAAAGAAGCACCAAGUCUGGUAGUUCGGUACCGACAAAGUCAUUUAGAGUGUCUUCAGGCAGCCUUUGAAGGAGAUUGCAUCUUAAUUUGCAACAACAAAUGGCUAGAUCUCGCGAGAAAUAUACUCAUGUGA